AUGGUAAUUAUAGUAAAAGUCCUCCGAGGCCAGCGGCACAGCACAGUGUCCCCCGCGGGCGGUCACCCUCGCUCCGGCUCCGUCGCGCUGCCGGAGGCCCGCAGCGCCCCGGCCCCAUCGCCACCGCCCCCGCCUCCUCCUCCUCCUCUGCCUCCUCCCCUCGCCCGGGGCACCGGCGGCGUUGCGGCGGGGACGCUCCCGGUGCGGGGGCGGGGAGGGAGGAGGAGGAGGAGGGAGAGAAGGAGGAGGAGGAGGAAGGCUCCGGCCCCGCUCGCCCGGCAGCGCGACGGCGGCCCCCGGAUGGUGCGGGUAGGUGGCGGGGGCUGCGGCGCGGCCCCCCCGGGGCCGGCUGGCUGCGGGGCCGCCCCUCCGGCCCUGCCCGGCGCGGGGGAGGCGGGGGGGGCGCGGCCCCGGUGCGGAGCUACCGCAGCGCGGGGAGGAGCCGCGGGCAGCGCUGGGCCCACCGCCCGCCCCCGCCCCGGGCAUCCCUCGGGCACCCCCGGCCCCGCUCAACCCUGGCCGCCAGCUCCCAGCCCGGGCAUUCCCCGGGCGCGGCCCCGGCUCCUCGCCGCGGAGACUCGCCCUCGCCCUCACCCCGGCACACGGACACCCCCCGUUCCAUGGACACAGCUCUGCACCCCCGGUGCGGACACCCCCGCUCACUCCAGUUCCCGGGAAGGCAACAAAAAUUAGAUAUUUUUCCAGUUUGCUGAGGGCCGAAUCGUGUGUCGUGUGCCUGGAUUUUUCGGCACGCUUCGUAGUCCCGAACAAACAGGAACAUAAUCUCCAUCUGCCUUGAGCUCAAAUGGUUUCAGUGUGAUAAAUAAUAUGCUAAAUAAUUUAUUGUAUAUUUUAAAAAUAAAAUUAAAGUAAACUA